CCGACCUCAGAUCACCGCGCAGCCGCUUGACUCUGACUGAACCCCGGCCGGGAGGAGCUAGGAAGAGGAGGAGGCGGUGGAUGAGGAGGAGGAGGAGGAGAGAGGAGAGGCUGUGUUUCCCCUCCCUGUCACAGUGAUCUGAGCAGCGGGGAAGCUCAGGCUCGGGAUCCGCUACGUCAGGCAGAUUAGUCAAAUAACCCCUCAGACCUCCCUCCCCUCCCCGGGCUGGGCUGAAUGCAGGGGGCCGAGGAAGCGGCACGGGCUGACAAAGAGCCAGGAAGUCUGUGAGCGGAGAUAUACCAGCGCACCACUUCUCCUUCCUCCCGUGGCUUUUGUGUUUCUGGAUGAGAGGAGUGUGGUGAUCGACCCCAGCCAGCGGCGUCUCCUCUCUGUUCAUCCCCGCGCCCCCCCACCACCACCACCACCAUGGCGAGAGAGAACGGCGAGUGCGGCGAUGGAUCCUGGAAGAAGAACGUCGACGAUAUCAAGAACAUCUUCGACUUCAAGGAAGUGCUCGGGACGGGCGCGUUUUCAGAAGUGGUGAUGGCCCGGGAGAAGACCACGGGAAAGAUGGUGGCGAUCAAGUGCAUCCCCAAAAAAGCACUGAAGGGGAAGGAGACGAGCAUCGAAAAUGAAAUCGCCGUGCUGAGGAAGAUAAAGCAUGAGAACAUCGUGGCUCUGGAGGACAUCUACGAGAGCUCAAACCACUUGUACCUCAUCAUGCAGCUUGUGUCUGGAGGUGAGCUGUUUGACCGCAUUGUGGAAAAGGGCUUCUACACAGAGAUGGAUGCCAGUCGACUCAUCCGGCAGGUUUUGGAUGCGGUCAACUAUCUACAUUCUAUGGGCAUAGUGCACAGAGACCUAAAGCCUGAGAACCUGCUGUACUUCAGUCCUCAUGAUGAGUCAAAGAUCAUGAUCAGUGACUUUGGCCUCUCCAAGAUGGAGGGAACAGGUGACGUGAUGGCCACCGCCUGCGGGACUCCGGGAUACGUGGCUCCUGAGGUUUUGGCUCAGAAGCCCUACAGUAAAGCUGUGGACUGCUGGUCCAUCGGGGUCAUCGCUUAUAUUCUGCUUUGUGGUUACCCACCUUUCUACGACGAAAACGACUCCAAGCUCUUUGAGCAGAUCCUCAAGGCGGACUACGAGUUUGACGCACCGUACUGGGAUGAUAUAUCAGACUCUGCCAAAGACUUCAUCAGCUUCCUAAUGGAGAAGGACCCAGAGAAGAGAUUCACGUGUGACCAGGCCCUUGAGCACCCCUGGAUUGCUGGAGGCACAGCUCUCUGCAAGAACAUACAUGAAUCUGUCAGCCGACAGAUUCGGAAAAACUUCGCCAAAAGCAAAUGGAGGCAAGCCUUUAAUGCGACGGCUGUGAUCCGCCACAUGAGGCGUCUGCAGCUGGGAACCAGCUUUGGCAGCAGCGUCUCCAGCAACAGCUCUGAGGCCAACCCCCAGAGCCGAGCUCCAGCCAAGAGCCAGUCUGUGGACGGCGCCCCGCUCUCCCCGAAGGACUGUCCUCCAAUAGCUCCUCUGCCAUCUGCUGUUAAAGUGCAGAAUCAGGACUCGGACGUCCCCUCUCCUGUGCGAGAGGAACCCUCCGUGGUGGCCGAGCCGUCACGGCCCCGACCCUCCACCGUUACCGUCAUUAACACGGGGACUAAAUGACGCCAGGUUCCGCGGGAGGUGAGCUGGGAGACCACGGAGCUUUGAGACGGGAUCAAACCAUCCCAGGCCUCGUGAUUCGAUGUCGUCGCCCAGUUUGCCCAUCCCGCGGCCUCCCACCUGUUUCUGCCAAACACGGGAGGAAUUUAAGGAGCGUUCGUUUCAGCUCCAUUUACCAUGGCUGUAAGCCCGGCACCCCGCUGCCUGGCUUCCCACUGUCAUACAGACCCCGAAGUACGGAGGGGGAGAAGUUGAGCAGAAGUUGUUGAGGGAAGCCAUGUUCAGGCUGCAUCAUGGUGGGACAAACAACCUGCUGGUGUGCAGUGCCCCACCAAAGGGAAACUCUUCACUGAAGCUGCUGUCUUUCUGACUGAGCGUCUUGCGAUUGGACGCUCCUCUGUAUGCCUUGUGUAAAUAUCCUGCCUAGAACUAUACUGUGGAGUGAUAAGUGAAACAUAAGCUUCAAGAUGUGGUGAAGUAAUCGUGACAUCAUCUGCACUCUGAACUUCUCGUCGUUUUUGACCGCGCGUACAUUUGAUGUGGUAUUUGCUCCAAUGGCUCACAGGGUCAUGACCCUCCAACUGUGUGACGCUGUGUGUAACCUCUUUGCUUUAAAGUGUGUGGAUGAGAAAAACGAGCAGGGUGGUGUGCUGUGGUCAGGGAGUGUGAACGCUGAGGGUGAAGCUGCGUUGCACUAAAUGCAUCGGAUUAUUUAUUUUCUUACAUUAUGACUUUUCUUAAAAAAUAUCACUUUGAGAAAUGUGUAAAUGUAGAAACCUUCAACUGAACUGAAAAGUUAUGGCUUUAAAUGAUAAAGACAAGAUAUGUGAUAGUUGCUUAUUUGUAAUCACUGUUAUGUUUGAUUGAUUCUCUUUAACGUGACUGUGAAGUCCUCCUUGACCACAGGAGGGCGACCACGGGUUGUCGCUCUGUGAGCAGUUCUCAGGGAUGUGCUCCGACAUGAAUCUGUCCAAAACACCAGAUGCUGCUGCUGAGGGGGAAAGUGAAAGAGCUGAGAAGAAAAACCCUCCAAAUCCUGCAUGUUAUUGUCUCUGGGUUUAAUAUGAGCAUCAUCUAACUCUCACUGAAUGGGUGAAAACCUUGAAUUACAGAUUUAAAGCACAUUCUCGUGUUCACAUUCAUGUCUGGGGUAAAAAAAAAAGAAAAAAGGGUACAUUCAGUUUCCCUUUCUUUCAGUUUAUUUUUUAUUUAUAAAUUUAUUUAUUUCUUUAUAAACCAAAUUUUCAGUUUUCCCACUUUUUUGUUGUUCCCCUUGUUAUGUUGAGCACAUUUUUGUCAUUCCUUAAGACCAUCAUUACUCCAAAUUGUGCAUAUUAUUCUAAUGUGCCAUUGAGGCUGACAAAGGACCCUUAAAGCCAUCAUUACUAAUAUAUGAACAUCAUGUAUCACACACAUGGUGAACGCCCCACGACAAACCUUAAAUUACAGAUUUAAAGAAUGUGUUUGAAGUGUGAAUUCAUGUCUGCAGUAAACAAGAAAAAAGGAAAAUGACAAAUGAAUGCAAAUGUAUCAAAUUUGCUCCCAUGGUCAAUAUAUUGUACAGUUGAGUGGUGAAGAUAUCGUGCUCUGCUUCCGCUCAUAAAGUGUUUGGUCUGGAAACGGGUCACUUUCUCUCUCUGUGUUUAAUCACUGUGCUUUCAUACCAGCCUGUUGAAUUUAGCAGAAAGACUCGUUCUCCUGCUCUCUCUCUCUCUCCCUGUCUCUCUCUCCCUCGUUCACACAGAAAAGAGAAGGGGUCUGUCUUUGGGUUCUCUCUGUGGAUCCUGUAUUUUCAUACGAACGAGGGCGGGGGGACCCUACCCCAGAACAUGCCCAAUAUCAAGGGCUACGCCAUCUUGACUUAUUCAAAAAAAAAUGUUGGAUUGUGAAUGUGUAAAUACAAAUCUCAACCACACAGUUUGCUUGGGUCAUGAGUGUUUAUUAUUUUGUAUUCCCUCUCAAAAAAAAAACACCAAAAGAAAACAUCAUAUGGUGCAUUUAAUGCCCUUCAGCAUGCAUGUAUUAUAUUUUGUUCUGUGGAGUUGUAGAGAUCAUGUAUUAAAAAAAAGAGGCUGAUC